AUGAAAUUAUGUGGGGCUGUUUUUUUCCUCGCAGUGUGUGCCCUUCACUUGGUUGCGUGCAGAUCGGGGGUAGAUGAAGACGUGGCAGCGGUUGAAGCCGUGGAAACACCGGAGGGGGAAGGCAUAGGAGUGCUCAAUCAUGGGAAGACCAUCAGUGAGAAGACCACCAAUGUGGGAGGCGACGCAUGCAAUCCACAGACCAGAAAAAUGCAAAGACUGAUUAGUGAAGAGGAGGGGGUGCAGGGGGGGCGAAAUGUGGACGCGCCAGUGGGGGGAAAGAGCGAAGCGGGGGAGGAACUGAAGAAAUCCAAGGAGGAGGCAGAAAAAGCCAAGGAGGAGGCAAAAAAGGCAAAGAAAGAGGCAGACAGAGCCAAGCAGGACGUGCAAAAGGCAAAGGACCUCGCGUACCAAUGCGAAAAGCAAAAAAGGGAAACCCUGCUGGCAGCGCAAACUGCGCAGAAGAAUCUACAGGAGUGUACCCAUAAUAGCGGGCUUGACCUCACUCAGUGCAAAGCACAGCUAAGUGAUAGGGAAAACCACCUAUACGUGUGCAGGGAAAACGAAGACAAGUGUUAUGCGAAAAUAAAAGACAUGGGGAAGCAGCAUGAGGAAAGGGUAAGUAGAAAGGAAAACGAAGCGGCAGAGCUUAGGGAGAAGAUACUCAGGCUAGAAAGGGCACUAGAAGAGAUGGAGCUCAAGUUGAAGCUCAAGCUGCAAAACUACGCAGGUGCUGGUAGGAGUCGCGGCGAGGACAAAGACAGUGACUACCUAAUUUCAUUCCCCAUGGUGCGAAGUUAUUUCGUAAAGGUAUUAAAAAUAUACAAAACUUUUUAUAUAAUAGGGUUUGAACAGAGUAAAUUGUCAGGAUUGCUCUCCCAGAUAGCUCUCCUUAAAGAUGCCAUGAGGACACAUCUCAAGCUGUAUGGAAGGCUUACAAUGGAAAAGCUGCAUAAAUACAAGACCUUCAUUGGCGAAUGUGAUUGGGUGACUCGAUUUUUAAACCUUUACGAGAAUUCAUCUCUCAGUCAUUAUGUAGAGUUUAUUAAAAAGAAAGCCGCAAACUUUGCCUUUAGGGCAAGGCGGCUGUUCCUCCAAAAAGUGGUGCACCCCGUGAGUCGAGACCUCUACCCACAGAUGACACAAUCGAUAAGAAAGAAAUAUAUGAACAUCGAUUGGGACCUGUUUUUGCAGAAGUUACACAAUAACUCCGAAGUCUUAGUGGUGAAGUUAAAUUCUAUCAAUCCAGAACUGCAAGGGAUCAUUUCGCCUAGGUUGGAAGAUCAGCUGAUUUUGCUGAUUUUCUUCACGGCGGUGAAUAUCAUUCACUUGUACUUAUUUUUUUAUUUCCUCUUCCUUUUGAUUAAGCUAUCGAAAAGGGCAAGCACGUAUUUUUUCAUGUGGAGUUACUUCUGCGUUUCAGUGGCCUAUCGAUGCACCGUCUUUGUGCUGACGCUGCCAAUACGGCCAUUCAUGCGGAAGCGGGGCAAUCGCAGUAGGAAGGUGUACCGGAGACACGACGAGAGGACCUGCGUGAACCCGGAGCGAGUCUCGUACCAACAGCAGGAGAUUAAGAAGAUGCACAAGGGGCAUAGCGUCCACCAGCGGAGGGGGUGA